AUCUUUCCUUUAUGUAAGAGGGCACUGUAACAUAUAAAAGCCGUAGCAUUACAAGCAGAUGGUAUCACAUGCCUUUUACGUUUCAAACAAUAUACCUGUAAAGCAACAUUAUGAAGUUCCUUAUCUUAGGAUUUAUUCUAACUAUUGUUAACUGUGCAAGCCUAGAUAAUCUUGCUUAUUUACCACCCAAUCAAAGAUCGCCGAAUCCUUUGUCUAAUCAGUAUCUACCUGCAUCGAAUCACCUAUCAAGUGCAGUAUUUGGAAGCUCUUCUCCUGAAAGUUCUACUAAUACUCUAAGUAUUAAUCAAAAUAGAGGAGGCUUCGCUUCUAACGCAGCAUUUGGAAGUUUUGGAGCAUCUGGAGGAUCGUUUGGUAGUUACGAUAGUAGUUAUAAAAAUUCUGGUGGAUCAUUUAAUUCUAACCAAAGAGGACAAGCAAGUUUUAACCCACAAGGACUAUCCACCUCAUAUGGUGGUUAUUCUGGAGCUGGUAAUGCUUUGGGUUCAAGUCAAACUGAUUUUAAAAAGAAUUCAAACCAAAUUAUUGGCGAAGCAUCUAUAGGAGCAUCUUUUAAAAAUCAAGGUAAUUCAGAAUACUCCGGUUAUUCGUCUUCUUCUUCUUCAGGAAGUUCUUUUGGAGGAUAUGCAGGAGCCUCAGGUCAAACAAGUUUAAAAAGUAGUGAAAGCCUUAUUCCUAUUCUUAAACUAGCUAAUGAUAAUAAUGGCGACGGAACAUACAAGUACAGCUAUGAAACUGCAAAUAGCAUUUCAGCCGAAGAACAAGGGGAUGCAAGGAAUGGUGGUACCAGAGCUCAAGGGUCUUUUGGCUACUCUGCUCCUAACGGUCAACAUAUUUCUAUUUCAUACACUGCUGACGAGAAUGGAUUUCUUCCUCAAGGAUCACAUAUCCCCACUCCACCUCCAAUUCCUCAAGCAAUCUUAAAAUCCAUUGAGGAAAAUGCUGCAGCUGCAGCCAAGGGAAAUUAUAACGAAGGUGCCUAUAGAGGAGAAGGUUUAAAUGAAGCAUCUUAUAAUGCUAAUGCUGGAAGUGGUUUUCAUGCUACUUCAAGUUCUCAAAGUUUUCAAGGAUCUUUUGAUUCCAGUGCUAUUAAGAACCUCCAGGCUAAUGCUGGUAAUAAUGGAGGAUAUAAAUACUAACAGUAUUAUUAUUGUGAUAAUUAAUUUCGUAAGAUUUCGAAGCAGAUUUACUUAAUAAAAGUACUAAAAAACA